AUGCCUUCCUUCUUUAAAGAUUUCCAAGGACAAGAUUGGUUCUAUCAUGCUCCAAAUAAAAAAUUAGAUUCUGAAGAGAAAAAUGCUCAAAUGCCAGUUCUUUCUCAAGUGCCGGGACUAAGUGACGUCGCUGGCGAAGAUAGCGAUCCAUUCGCAAAAUCUAAAAAAGGAUGGAUCAGGGACACUGAUUCUCGUUAUAUUCAAAUGGCAAAGCAAGGGGGUCGCAAAGAUUUACUGAUGUUCAAUGUUCCUCAUACUAUUUCGAAAGAUCCCAUAGCAUAUCCCAGAGUUGAUUGGUUUGAUCAUCAACAACCCGAUAUUGAAAUAAGACAACCGAGACGCCAUGAACCAGAUCGAGAUAUUUAUGGGGAGUAUCUUACAUUAAAUAAAAAAACAGCACCAGCAGGUGUUAUAACAAAUCAAGGAUCCAAAGGCAAGGACUUAUUUGAUAAACCUCCUCCAUUUUCUUUAGACGAUGAUUUAUCAUAUUGGCAAAGGAAAAAAACAGAGAAAUCAGAAAAGCAAGAAAAACCAAAACAGAUUGACAGAUUUAAAUUACCUCCGUUAAAAUCCAACAAGGAAUCACUCGUUAAUGGAGAUGCUGCCAACAACGUCCAAAAAACAAAAGGGAAAAAGAAUGGCGAAAACGUAAAUUUUAAUUAUUUAAUGUCAAUGGGAUAUCAAAAGGAUUGGUUUGAUGAAAAAGAGCGAAAAGAUAAAGAGGAUGAUGAUAAAAAAAGAAAGCAGCAGACACUAUUAAAGGAAAAAGUGAGGCAAGGCAUGAAACCAAGAAAUCCUCAAACGUAUACCGAUAAGGUAGAAAAUAAAGACCAAUUUAAAUUAAGUAAGUUUAAAAAUGUAAACUCUAAGAUUAACACACGCUGGUCGGAAAGGCAAUAA